AGCGUGUGGCCGGGCUGUGCUGCCGCCUGGCCGUGCCGUGCCACAAGGGAACACCCAAACUGGCUGACCUCUCAGUCAAAACCAAAGAUGUGUGGGAGAUCCCCCGCGAGUCCCUCCAGCUCCUCAAGAAGCUGGGAAAUGGGCAGUUCGGGGAAGUCUGGAUGGGCACAUGGAAUGGCACCACAAAGGUGGCAGUGAAGACCCUGAAGCCAGGGACUAUGUCCCCUGAGGCCUUCCUGGAGGAGGCUCAGAUCAUGAAGAGGCUGAGGCAUGACAAGCUGGUGCAGCUCUAUGCUGUGGUGUCCGAGGAGCCCAUCUACAUCGUCACCGAGUUCAUGAGCCAGGGCAGCUUGUUGGAUUUCCUGAAGGACGGGGACGGUCGCUACCUGAAGCUGCCCCAGCUGGUGGAUAUGUCUGCCCAGGUACACGGGGGCUGGCACAGGGUGGGGAUGUCCCCCAGGGGUGUNNNNGCUGCCAACAUCCUGGUGGGAGACAACCUGGUGUGUAAGAUUGCUGACUUCGGCCUCGCUCGCCUCAUUGAGGAUGAUGAGUACACAGCACGGCAGGGUGCCAAGUUCCCCAUCAAGUGGACAGCUCCGGAGGCUGCACUUUAUGGGAGGUUCACCAUCAAGUCGGAUGUCUGGUCCUUUGGCAUCCUCCUGACUGAGCUGGUGACCAAAGGCCGAGUGCCCUACCCAGGGAUGAACAACCGGGAGGUGCUGGAGCAGGUGGAGCGAGGGUACCGCAUGCAGUGCCCGGGGAACUGCCCCCAGUCCCUGCACGAGGUGAUGGUGCAGUGCUGGAAGAGGGAGCCCGAGGAGCGUCCCACCUUUGAGUACCUCCAGUCCUUCCUCGAGGACUACUUCACUGCCACCGAGCCCCAGUACCAGCCAGGGGACAACCAGUGA